AUGCUCUCAAGGCUUUUAAUCUUUAUCAGACUUUCAGUAAGAGCCGCAGAGCUAAUUUUGCAGAUUCAUGAACACCCGGAACUCGGAUGGGAUGAAAAGUAUGCCCAUCGUGUCUUGACAGACUAUCUCGAGAAGCAAGGCUUCAAUGUCACACGCGGCGCUUAUAACCUUUCGACAGCUUUCAUAGCUGAGUACUCGAAUGGCAAGGGCAGACAGGUAUCCUUCAAUGCAGAAUACGAUGCUCUCCCUGGCAUGGGACAUGCAUGCGGACACAAUCCCAUCGUGACAGCCUCAGUUGCCACCGGGCUCGGCAUCAAGAACGCCCUAAAGAGUGGCGGCCUCAAGGGCAAAGUGACUAUUGUAGGAACACCUGCCGAGGAGAUAGGUGGUGGAAAGGCGGAGCUAAUUCAGGCUGGCGCGUAUGACGACCUCGGCUGCAGCCUCAUGGCCCAUCCCGGCCCUCGGAACUAUAUGUUCUACGCAGAGUAUCCCGCCUUGAUGACAGCUCGAGUUAACUGGACCGGAGUGCCUGCUCAAUGGAAUGGCCUGAAUACACUGGAUGGCUUCGUCUUGGCAUAUGUUAUGACAGGUCUCCUUCGGCAGCAGCUCGAACUCGACACCGCCAUACAGCAGGUUUUAUCCGAAAGUUCAAAUGUUUUGAACAUCAUUCCUGCCGAAGCCAAGUCAUACAGGGCCACAAUGUGUCCUACCAUGGAGCAAAGAGCCAAGCUUGAGAAGAAGAUGCAUGGUAUCUGGAACAUAUCCGCUACCGCGACAGGCACAAACGUCAGUUUCAAGUCGUACGUCUUCACAUCUACGAGAGUAGUAGAUCGAGUGAGAGCCAAUACUGACCUACACUCCUUUAGUGAACUGGACUACUGGAACGCGAAACUCAGCUCAGUCUUGACAAGAGCAUGCUUCAAGAACCAAAUGGAGUUCUUUGACCCGGAGAAUACAAAGGAUGGUAAACAGUUCUCCUACAAGAACGUUGAGGAAGUGAUUAUAAAUCCCAAGCGCGUAUCCCCAAACAAUCAGGGCAACGUCUCACACAAGAACUCGCACAACGUCAGGCUAUAG